AUGUCGUACGGUUGGCUCAGCGAGAGCACACUAGCUCCGCGCAAAGCCCGCUCGCUCCAGGUACCGAAGGGGUCGGUUUCGGUUCUGAAGCGUAUUAUCAGCAAGCACACUUCCGACGGCUCGGCGUCGGCCCCCGCCGCUAAGUCACGUCGAAAAAAGGACCCUUUUGCCGAUAAGAAUCCCGGCGUUGAGCUCCGCAACCAGGUCGACCGCGUCGGGCAGUCUACCUCCUCCGCGCGCGUUCGCGAGCGCCUGGAGGCCAAGGCACGUAUAUACGAGUCACUGGCGGAGGGGCGCGAGUCCGAGGUGCCAGAGGGACUCGAGGUUUUGGUGAACUUUCAGUCCAAGCGAGAGCUUGACAGCGCUUCGUGCACAGUACAGGGCCCAGAAGGCGUCACUUUGCUGCAGAAGGCUCCUGAGGCGCCAGUUGUAUCGGAUUCCGAGAACGUGGUCAACGAGGAAUCGCUAGACACUGUAAGGUAUGUCAAUUUAUGCACUUUCGACAUUGCUAAGGGCUUUCUCCGACGAAGAGUAGCUGCGUUGCCGCGUGCCCGCGCCCAGGCGACCUCAGGGCGCACAUCGAGCGUGGCGCGCAGCACGCCGUAUCGCAGUGGAUGUUGGAUAUCGUAUAGAGCAAUGGCGAGAGACCGGUUGUUGCUAUCCGAUGUCGUGGAGGGUGUGCCCGCGACGUGGUACCGCAGCACGUUCUCCGCGUACGUGCCGACGCGCAGAGAGGUCGAAACCGGCGCACGGUCGAUUCCCACCCAGGUGGUCCACCCUGACGGCUCAUUCAGCGUGGGACUGGAUGUUGAGUCGGUUGGUCCACAGAAACAUGGAGCAAGUCAGCCGCAAAAUGGUACAGUGCCGGUUCUUUCUGCAGCUAACAUAUGCAGAGACCGAGGAAGAAGAGGACUAUUCGCUAGUUGUCUACGCCUCAGGGCGAGAAGUACGCAAGCGGGCCGUGGCGCAGGAACAUCCUCUGAUUCUGCUCUCCUGCACGAUAUACACGAUAAUGGUGCUCUGGCUAGGACCGUUCGCAGCGCAUUCCCCGGACGCCACCGAGAGGACCACCACGCUGCUAUGGCUCUGCUGGUGUUCGAUAUUCGACGUGAUUGCGCUGAUCGGCGUGCUCUGGUAUUACGGAUACUUCGAGCUGCUGAGCAUCAACACGACGCUGCUGGCCUGCAUUUUGGUCGUGCUGCUGCCACACAUCGAGAGCGUGUAUUCGGUGUCGUUGGUGUUCGGGCACGUGUUAACGCUGGUGCUCACCAGCUACUCGUUGGCCAAGUGCGAGCAUCGGAUGUUCGUCAUCCCAAACUUCUGAGCGGCUUCGGGUCGCUAUUAUCGCAACCAAUGGAAAUUGUAUAG